UUUCAAUAUUUUUCGCGGGGCUCUUGUACUGAUUUGUAUAAUCCAACAAAAUGAAAACACAGUCACUUCAACUAUUGUUGAUUUUGGCUUGUCAACCUCAACUCCAAUUUAAUACUGUCGAGUACUCGAGUAGUCGGUGUAAAAUAGAGUUAUAAUGUCCACGAAUAUUGGCCAACAAAGUAAAUCUAGUUUCUCAUGUGGUCUAGUUACUCAGCGAGACUCUCGCGAUUUGACUGCUAUUAUAAUUGUUCUAGUCUCGGAUGCUCUUGCCUUUGGUAUAAUGAUGAUUGUCACUAAACUAUUGACUAAUAGUGCCGUUAAAAAGUACAAAAAAGGGAUCAAACGAAAUGAAAGUUGGAUAGUAUUUACAUUUUGUGAAAGACCAAGAAUAAUUCAACAUAAUAUAGUUCCAAUGUCCACAAUUCAUCACUCACAUCCAUUGGGCUCAGUAAGUCCUCAUUACUCAUUUGGUGGCCAUACAUCACCUGAACCGUCGCUUCACAGUGCUGAAGCAACAUUAGCAAAUGAAAUCAAAUCCACGGAUAAAUCAAAAUCUGUAGCAUUCAAUGAAGUUGAAAUUGUAGAUUGUUUACAUGGUCGUGCAAGUUCCGAGUCGGAUAAAAAAGAAACUCAUCUAGGAGGAUUUUUUUCAAUCUCAGAUGAAGCCAUUCUCGAGAGACGUGGCGUUGACGCUUUGAAUUAUCUCUUAUUUUUGCGACAUCUCAUCUUUUUUCUGGCCAUCAUAUCGGUACUUUGUAUUUUCAUCAUUUUACCUAUCAAUUUAAUGGGAAAUUAUGUUAGAGGUAAAAGUUUAUUUUCUCGAUUAACCAUUGAAAAUGUUCCACCUGGCUCUGAAUAUCUUUGGACUCAUAUUGCUGUGGCUAAUCUAUUUUUACCUAUUGGGAUAUUUUUUUUACUCCACAAUCACGCAUCAACCAGAUUGAAUAAGGAUCGAUUUGCUACGAGGACCUUAUUUAUUCGUAAAACUGUCAACAAAAAAGGUGCUUUAGCCAGAGAGGAUAUUGCUGCUUUAAUCCAAGAAAUAACUACAAAUGAACUAGUUAUCGAAGGAAUUCAGUUUGUCUAUGACGUUCGUGGUAUGAAACAGUUCAAAGAUGAUUUUGUGCUCUAUUUCAACGCUGAAAAAUUCUGUCUCGACUACUUGGAUGAAUAUGAUGAAUCUUUCGAGUUGAGACCUUACAGAUACGGCCAAUGGCUAGGCUUACUGGGUUUAGGUUUAUUUUUCCCCAAAACAUUUGGUUUGACUUAUUAUCGAACCAAAAAAUGGGAAGCUGUCAGAAACUUGCUCCGCGAAUACACCAAAACAAUGGGAAAUGCACAAGGAGCUUUUUUCAUCACUUUUCGAACUGAAUCGAUGGCUCGUAGUGUCUAUCAACAAAUUAACACAACCUCGUGCAUUCUUCAAUACUUUCCAAAUAAUUCAUAUUGUAAUUCUCAGGAACGCAAUGAGGCUGAAUCAUGGCAAGCAUCAUUUGCUCCUGAUCCAACGGACAUAAACUGGGAUGCCUUGGUCAUCAAUAAAAAAGGAAUGUGGUUCCGAACAUUUGGAGUUAACUUUUUACUUUUCAUCAUCUUCUUCUUCUGCACCACACCAUCAUUCAUUUUACCAUACAUUUCCAAUUUUCCUGCCAAUUCUGCCUUCUUUGAGCUCCAGAAAAAGUAUGAACAUGAAUUGAAACCCAUUUCAUUUCUAGCUCAAUUCUUGAAACCUUUGGUUCUUCUACUCGUGGCCUCUAUAUUGCCUAGCGUUGUCUAUUAUUUUUCAUCUCUUGUUCCUGAUCCACUGAAAUCUGAACAGACACAUGGAGUUAUGUGGAGAGUUUAUUGUUUUAUGAUUCUUAUGAUUAUAAUAAUCCCUUCACUUGGACAAUCUAGUUUCCACGAAGUUGUUCGAAGUAUUGUGAGUAAACAAACCUUCCAAUGGUAUUGUAUAUUCCAUUCAUAUGAAUAUUCAUUUUUUGUUAUAUACGUUAUUCAAUCAGCUUUUAUUGGAAAUGGACUGGAAUUAUUGAAAAUAUCAAGAAUAUUUACUUACUUUUAUCAUUUGAUUUUUAAAAUAUCAAAUGAUGCUGAGCGUGAUCAUGUAAUCAACCAAAUUGAUCUUGAGUUUAAUCUAGGAUUGAAAUAUUCUCGAUCGCUUUUCAUGUUGACCAUGAUACUACUAUACAGUAUAUCAUGUCCCAUAAUAACAAUCUGCGGCCUAAUAUUUAUCAUCAUUAAAUAUUUCGUGGAUCGUCAUAUUCUUUAUCAUUCUGCAUAUCCAAGCCAAGUUUCAAAUAAAACUUACCGAAAGAUUAAUUUCAUGUUUUUCUCAACAAUUCUAAUGAUGCAGUUUCAUCUAUUUACAAUUGUUUACACCAAAUAUGCUCCAAGUAAUGCUUUGGCAUUUGAUCUUAUCCUUCUACUGUUAUCAAUAAUGUUUCUUCCAUGUCUAACUUACGUUAUCCAAUCCUCUAGAACCUCUGAAUUCAUGAGAAAUUCAAAAGGCAAAAAAGGAUCAAAGAAUAAUUCGGAAAGUAAUCCAAAUUGGUGCUGCUGUGCUUAUUUACCUGAUAUUAUCAAGCAGAUGGGUAAAUCAAAAAUCAGACCUAAAGCCAGCCCAAGUAAAAGUGAAACAACAAGCGUAGAUACUUUGAGUUGAUGAAAGUAUAUUUUAUACUAAAUACAACUAAUUAACGUGUAAUAUAUAAAAUAUGAACUAUUUCGUGAAAAAUUUAAACUAUGACCAAAUGGAUGUUAAUCAUGUUGAAAUUCACCUAAAAAUAAAAAGCUUUUAUUCCAAUGAA